UCGGCCAUCAUUCUGCUGGUAAUCUCGGCGUUGUUCACCAUUAUGGGUGGUUUGACUGCUGUCAUUUGGACUGAUUUUGCUCAAGUCGUCAUCAUGUUGAUUGGAGCCAUGUUUCUUUGCAUCAGAAGCUUCCAAGUGACAGGUGGCUUUGAUAGUAUGGUGAUAAAUUUCUUCAAUGCAAUUCCAAAUACUACAAGGGCCUACCAGAGCACAUCGUUUGAAAUUCCAAAUGGAAACUUUGGGGACUGGAAUCCCGAUUUGUACGGUACAACGUCUGAUAGGAACCAAGUUUUAGCUGCCCCAAAUCCUGAAAAUCAACCAUCUGGUAUCUACGCUGAAUGCAGCAUUCCCCCAUCUGAUGCCAUGAACUUCUUCCGAGCAAUCGACAGUACUGAAUUGCCUUGGGUUGGUGCCGUGUUCGGUCUCACCGUGAAUGCCACUUGGUACUGGUGUACUGAUCAGGUCAUUGUUCAACGUUGUUUGGCAGCGAAGAACAUGAUUCAUGCAAAAGCAGGCAUUGUGCUUGCCAUGUUCAUUAAGAUGACUCCUCUUUGGCUCAUGAUUAUCCCUGGAAUGGCGGCUCGAGUCAUUUUCGCAGACACUGUUGCCUGUGGUGAUGCCACUUUGUGCCAAAAGAUCUGUGGCAAGGCUGCCGGUUGCACGGAUAUUGCCUACCCCUCAUUGGUCUUGAACCUCCUGCCCUCUGGAGCCCGAGGUUUGAUGUUGUCUGUCAUGAUGGCAUCCUUGGUUUCUUCAUUGACGUCUAUCUUCAACUCCUCCUCAACCAUCUUCACCAUUGAUAUCUGGAGACUGAUUCGACCUCGUAGCAAAGAUGCGGAGCUUAUGAUUGUUGGUCGUGUUGCUGUCCUCAUAAUGGUGGCCAUCAGUUUGGCGUGGAUCCCAAUUGUACAGCUGAGUGAUGCCCUCUUCGACUACAUCCAGUCUGUCACUGGCUACUUGGCCCCUCCAAUUUGUGCUGUCUAUGUUUUAGCUGUAUUCUGGUAUCGAACGAAUGAAAUUGGAGCCUUCUGUGCUUUGGUUAUUGGCCUUAUAAUUGGCGUGACUCGAUUCGUAUGGGAGAUUUCCUAUGGUGCAUCGCCCUGUGGUGAAGAGAUUGCUAACCCACCAUACUUCUUGGUCACGAUGCACUACCUACACUUCUCCAUUCUUCUUUUUGGAAUGUCAAGUGUCAUCAUCGUGGUCGCCUCUUUAUUAACACCUCCACUCCCACCUUCAUAUACUCGUCGCUUAAUCUUCUCAGAUCGUCAUGUUGUUUUUGACCCAUUGUUGGAUGCACCACUUAUUACGAUCGUUAGUCAGGAGCGGAAAUACGAAUGGAUUGCUGAAGGCGAGGCUGAAAGGCCUGUUUUACCAUUUUGGAGGAAGGCUUUUAAUUGGAUGUGUGGUGUGGAAGGCAUGCAGGAUGAGCGUGAACCUGUAUUCACUGAGGAAGAGGCAGAGGAGGUGAUCGAGUUGAAGGCCAAGGAGAUGAGCAUUGAAGAGGAUCCGAAGCAGAGAAUCGUUGUCAACGUGGCUGCUUCAAUUUCACUUCUCAUCACCAUCUUCUUCUGGGCCUUCUUCGCAUAG